AGCUACAACGCUUUGAUUAUGAUGGCUAUUCGGCAGAGUCCCGAGAAGCGAUUAACCCUUAACGGCAUUUACGAGUUCAUUAUGAAAAAUUUCCCGUAUUACCGGGAGAACAAGCAGGGAUGGCAGAAUUCCAUCAGACACAACUUGAGUUUGAACAAAUGUUUUGUUAAAGUGCCCCGGCAUUACGAUGACCCCGGGAAGGGGAACUACUGGAUGCUUGAUCCCUCCAGCGACGACGUGUUCAUUGGCGGCACGACGGGCAAACUUCGGCGCAGAUCGACCACUUCUAGGGCAAAGCUGGCGUUUAAAAGGGGCGCGAGGCUUACUUCCACCGGACUGACAUUUAUGGAUAGAGCUGGCUCUUUAUAUUGGCCCAUGUCGCCGUUCCUCUCACUCCACCAUCCGAGGGCGAGCAGCGCGUUGGGUUACAACGGCACGUCCUCGGCUUACCCUAGUCACCCAAUGUCCUAUAGCACAAUG